AUGAAGAAACGAGAAAAGGAGGAUGAGGAGGGUCUUCUAAUGCGAAAGACGUACACAGCCGGCGGAUCGUCGUCAGUUUUGAUUGGAGACCACGACUCGGAUUCCGAAGAGUUUCCACCGACGUCUUCAUCUCACCACCAUCACCAUGCCACGUCACCGGACCCAACAUUCUCUCCAUGGCCGCAUGUAUUCAAUCUGGCCAACUGUAUAAUCGGUGUAUCAGUAUUAGCAAUGCCCUAUGUCUUCCAACAGUGUGGAAUACUUCUAGCCGCCAUUAUGAUUGCCCUUUGCGCGGUUUUAACCAAGCUAACGUGUCAUUUUCUGGCUCAAGCGGCGUUUAAUACCAGAACACUAUCCUAUGAGAGUCUGGCGAUGGCAACGUUGGGACCAUCGGGACGCCGGUUCGUCGAGCUGUGUCUUUUGGUGUUUUUAGUGUCCUCAAUUGUGGCUUUCAUCGUUGUCAUUGGAGACAUCGGACCGCAUUUGGUGGCCGAGUUUUUGGAAUUGGAAGCGCCGACACAGAGAUUGAGGAUUCUGGUGAUGAUCGUCGUUGUCGUCUUCAUAAUCUUGCCCCUCUCGUUCAUAGACGACCUCAAAAAGUUCUCAGUGAUCAGCUCUCUCGCCUGCCUCUUCUACCUCUUUUUUGCCGUUCGAAUGAUGCUCGAAUCCUUGCCAACGAUCUAUGCAGGCGAAUGGAGCAUCCACGUCGUCUGGUGGAGACCUCAAGGAUUCUUGACGUGUCUUCCGAUCGUUUGUAUGGCCAUGUGCUGUCAGACACAACUCUUUCCGGUCAUUUCGUGUAUUAAGGAUGCCACAACGGAUCGUGUCGACUACGUUGUCUCCAACUCGAUCAACAUCUGCGCGGCGAUGUACGCCGCCGUCGGUGUCUUCGGCUACGUGGCAUUCUACUCCCACGAACUCCAUGGAGACGUGCUCGUACAAUUCCCGCCAACCAUCGUCACCCAAUCACUGAAACUAGCCUUCUUACUUUCAAUAGCAGUCUCAAUACCGCUUAUGAUGUUCCCGGCGAGAACCGCACUGUUUUGCUUGAUUUUGAGAGAUAAAGACAGUAUCCAUCAUACGGUAGACCUCGAGAAGUUCACAUUCCAUCUGCUCACUGCUGUCAUUUUGAUAUUCAAUACGGUGCUCGCCAUUUUGACGCCUAAUGUGGAAUUUAUUUUGGGUCUGACUGGAGCAUUCAUCGGCUCGCUAGUCUCCACGAUCCUUCCAUCCACCAUCUACAUCGCGAAUCAAUCAUCUGAAACUCAAAAUCGCGCAAGAAAAGUGGGCGGAGCCUCGACGUCAACCGCGAAAAUGUGCCUAAUUAUUGGACUAUUCAUUUUGAUUGCCUCCACGUGUGCUAUUCUAAUGGCUGAAAAGAAGACGUCAGUUGUGGAGAAGCCGAAAGCCAAAGAUGACGUGGCAUCUGGAGAGCUGAGAAAUGAGGAAUUGAAGAGUUUGGAGAGUCUCGAGGAGAAGGUUCUAGAUAAACUCGACGAUAUAUCAGAACUGGCGGCGAAGGGCAACGACACAGAAGCGGUGAAGAUGUUGGUGGAAAUGAAGGAGCAGCAGAAAAUCCAGCAGGAACUCAUUGAGAAACAGGAGAAGAUCGUUGCUCAGCUCAAUCGGAAAACUGAGAGUCUGGCCAAUCAAACCCUGGAAGACCCCACAGCGCCGAUCAGUCCAGCAAUUCCAGCGGUUCCAGAAAAAUCAGCGGAAUUCAAGAAUUAUCCUCCAACAUCGAAGCCAAGUGUGAACACGGAAACUUGA